GCCCCCCCCCCCCCCUCCACCAGCAUAACAUGAGUCGCGGACUCACCAUUACUGGUAUAUUACAACUCAUAAUUCGCAGCCCUCUUUCGGGUUUUCCGAGAAUUUUCUAUCCUUCUUGCUUCUCGUUGGCUGAUCACAUCUCCUUCGCUGCUCUCUGCAUCAACUCGUCCUUGCCAACAAGCAAAACAUCUGGCGCAUCUCCUGAUGUUGUAGCUGGGGCUUCCAAGUCUCCUCAAGAAGGGCGAUCAUCUUUCGUUUCUAUGAACACCGUAACGAUCGUUUGGGUACUCAUUAAUUAAAUCAGAUCAGAAAUAAAGUGGGGUCUUUGAGGUUUUGUACAACCCUCACCCUGUAGCAACCCCGCACAAGCACAAAUUAUGGUGCACUUCCGGCCAUCCGUUCUAAUGCCGUCUCCGGGAGGGGAAUAGACGGGUCCAUCUCGAUUAUUUCGAUGAGAGAUAAGGGCGGUUUAAGA